AUGGACACGACGUCGAAGUACGCGACUCGGACGCCGAUCGCCGCAGUGGCCCUGCAUCCCCGCUUCUCCGAAGAGGAGUACCACGACGACAUCGCCGUGCUAAAGGUGCCGCAGGCGUUUAACUUCGGCCCCUACGUCAAGCCUGUCUGCCUCGACUUCGACCUGGGGGACCUGACCGGCAAGACUGUCACAGUGGCCGGCUGGGGAGUCCAGAAAAGCGGCCUGGGUCCAUCGGAUAAGCUGCGCUACACGAAGCUGCAAGUUCUGCAGCAGUCCGAGUGCGAGCAGAAGCUGCAGUCGUACAAGUUCAACAAGUCUAGCAUGAUGUGCGCCUACGGAGAGGACACAGACGCAUGCCAGGGCGACUCUGGUUCGGCCGUGAUGUUCCGUAAAGGACCACGCUACAUCCAAGUCGGAAUCGUGUCCCACGGUGUAGGCUGCGCCCAGGGCAUGCCAGGAAUCUACGUGCCAGUCAGCGUCUACAAGGAAUGGAUACUGCAGACCAUUGCCGACGGGAGCGCAUUCAAGCCUAUCAUCGGUCAGAAGAUGGUUUAG